ACAGUAGCAUGCACCUAGAGAUGAAGUAUUCAGCUAACAGUCUUUCUUGGGUAAUAGAAGUAGGCACCAACCUGCUGUUUGGGUAUAGCUUGAUAUAGCCAAGUUUACGAAGAAAACCCACAACAAGGCAAGAACACGAAGAAGAAAUGUCUUCAAAGCAGCUUUGAACAGAUUUGGUGUUGAGAUGAAGAAGCCUCUGUUAUGACAACAUAUGUGGACAUGUCUGGAGACGGCAAAACGCUGUCCUGGAAACCAGCGCCUGGUGAACCGCAACAGAAGUGUAAAGGUAGCUCUGAAGUAGUCAGUGAGAAUGUGGGUGUAGUGAAGAUCCUCAAAGUGUGCUUCAUUAGCAACAGUGCCAAUUUGGGAAAGAACUUUAAACUUGUAAAAUGUGACAGUUCCUGGGAAAUUAAGGCCAUUAUUCAGUCUAUCUUAGAAAGUGGGCGGCUUGGUCCGAACAUCAAGUUUACUGGCUGCUAUGGCUUGAGGCUUAAACACCUCAAAUCAGAUGAAGUGCACUGGCUCCAUCCAAACUUGACAGUGAAUGAGGUGGAGAAGAAGUAUGAGCAGCAGCAUGUGGAGGCAGAGUGGCGAUAUGACUUGAGAAUCCGGUAUAUCCCCUCUAAUUUCUUGGAAAAGCUGAAAGAAGAUAAAACCACCAUGCUGUAUUUUUACCAGCAGGUCCGCAGUGACUAUAUGCAGCAUUGUGCCAGUAAAGUCAGUGAUGGUAUGGCCUUACAGUUGGGAUGCUUGGAGAUCAGGAGAUUUUACAAAGAUAUGAAUGCCAAUGGAUUGGAAAAAAAAUCAAAUUUUGAGCUGCUAGAGAAAGAAGUGGGCCUUGACUUGUUCUUUCCACAGGAACUGAUCAACAGUAUGAAGCCAAAGCAUCUCAGGAAAUUGAUCCAGCAAACAUUCCAGCAGUAUUCGUCUCUCAAGGAGGAACAAUGCAUGAUGAAGUUCUUUGAAACUUUCUCAGUGUUUUCCAGUUUUGAUGAGGAAGUCUUCCCUUGCGAGUUAGUGCAAGGAUGGAGUUUAGCUGUGGACCUUGUUAUUAGCUCGAAAGGCAUUUGUCAACGUGCAGACAAGAAUUCAGUUCUCAUGUGUUUAGCUAAUUUCGCACAAAUUCAAAGGAUCAGAUGUUCCCUUCAGAAUGAUGGAAAGGCUCUGUUAUAUAUAGAAAUUCAGGGAGCUAAACAGCCUUUGUCCAUCAACACAGCCUCAUUAGCAAUUGCUGAGAACAUGGCUGACCUGAUAGAUGGGUAUUGUCGUUUUGAAAGUGGAAAAGACACAUCUUUGAUCAUGAGAUCAAAAAAAGAAAAAGAAGCUAGAAUUUCUCUACCUUGUGUUCCUGAUAGUCGAAAUAAAGAAGGCACCUCUUCCCACAGAACAAGCAUGAACUCGGACAUAUAUGCAGAGAUACCAGAUCAAAAGCCUGAAACAGUGGACAGGCAUAGCAUUCCUAGAGACAGCAUUGUCCUUGGCCGGAUCCUGGGUGAAGGUUUCUUUGGGGAGGUUCAUGAAGGGGUUUACAAAAGUAAGACGGGAGAGAGGGUGAGUGUCGCAGUGAAAACAUGCAAGGACUGUGCAGCUGAUGUCAAAGAAAAGUUUAUGAGCGAAGCUGUGAUCAUGAAGAAACUUGAUCACCCCCACAUCGUGAGACUGAUUGGGAUCAUCGAGGAGGACCCAGUGUGGAUUGUAAUGGAGCUUUACCAGUAUGGGGAGCUAGGAAAUUACCUGAUCGAGAACCAGCACAAACUGGCCAAUGUAACCCUCAUCUUGUACAGCCUACAGGUCUGCAAAGCUUUGGCUUACCUGGAGGGUAUGAAUAUGGUACACAGAGAUAUUGCUGUACGGAACGUUUUGGUUGCUAAAGCAGAUUGUGUGAAGCUGGGUGAUUUUGGCUUAUCUAGGUAUAUAGAAGAAGAAGAGUACUACAAAGCCUCUUUGAGUCGAUUACCUAUCAAAUGGAUGGCUCCUGAGUCUAUUAAUUUCAGGCGAUUUACCUCCGCUAGUGAUGUCUGGAUGUUUGCCGUGUGUGUAUGGGAGAUCAUGAGUCGGGGUCAGCAGCCUUUCUUCUGGCUGGAGAAUAAGGAUGUCAUCAUACAGCUGGAACAGGGCAUGCGGCUGCCCAAGCCUGAACUGUGCCCUCCUGCCCUUUACUCACUCAUGACAUGCUGCUGGACCUAUGACCCCAAAGAGAGACCCUCUUUCUCCGCACUCGUCUGCAAACUCAAUGAUGUUUACAAGAUGGAACAGGAGCAGACAGUGGAAGAGCAAAGGAACAGAGGACGUCUCAUAAAGAUGUCCAGUGCUGAGGCUCCACCUAAGCCAUCAAGACAGAGACCCACAGACUUUAACACUAUUAAGCCAAGACUACACAAUCAGCUCCCAGACUAUCUGUGUGCUAGUUUACCUGCGCUUGCUCGCACACCAGGCUUCCGAUCAACACACAUCUGCAACAGCACAAUGACCCUGCCUUUGUCCCCGCGUCGCUGCAGUGUGGGGGAAAGGGGCUUUGGAUUUGAGCCAUCCAGUGUAGAGGAUGCUCAACGGCUGUGGGAGCUGGACAAGCAGCGUAUGGAGGAGACUCUUUGGAGGCAGAAGCAGGAGAUGGUGGCAGACAGCGAAUGGCUUGAGAAAAAGGAGAAACUGCUGGAUCCAGUAGUCCAUGAUGAUGCACAAAUAAAAAUGCCACCAGAAACAGAGACAAGCUGUGCUCAAUUUCGCAGCCCCCCGGAAAAGCCUCCCAGACGGAUUGUGCAGCCAGCUCCUACAGCGGAACUGGAUCGCUCUGAGGAUAAGGUCUACCACAAUGUAAUGGAAAUGGUCAAAAUGGUGAUGAAACUCAAGAAUGAUGUCAACACACUGCCAGCUACCGAGUAUGUUGGUGUUGUGAAGGAUGUGGGACUGACUUUGCGUAACCUAAUCGGCAGCGUGAAUGAGGUUCUACCAAGCCUGCAUGAGUCAGUCAGAACUGAGAUUGAAGGCACUCAGAAGCUGCUGAAUAAAGACCUGGCAGAGCUGAUCAGUAAGAUGCGGCUGGCCCAGCAGAACGCUGUCACCUCUUUAAAGGAGGAAUGUAAGAAGCAAAUGCUAACAGCAGCUCACACAUUAGCUAUGGACUCUAAGAACCUUUUGGAUGCUGUGGACCAGGCCCGUGUACGAGCCAAUACUGCUAAACCUAAACCUAGCUGAUGUGCUCUAGUUUGGUAGUAGUUUUACAUUUUCCAAAGAGAUUGCUCAUGACUUCCAACUAUCCUUGUUUAAAUGCUCUUGCUAGAAUGUAAAAGGGGAGGAGAAAGCAAGAGAUUUUAGCCUCAUCAAUACAGGCCUUUACAACCCCGAUUCCAGAAAGGUUGGAACACUGCAUAAAACGUAAAUAAAAACAGAAUACAGUGAUUUGCAAAUCCUUUUCGCCCUAUAUUCAAUUGAAUACAAUACAAAGACAAGAUGUUUAACAUUCAAACUGAUAAACUUUAUUGUUUUUUGUAAACAUACACUUAUUCUAAAUAUGAUGCGUAUAGCACGUUCCAAAAAUAGUUGGGACAGGGGCAUCAAAAGACAGGGAAAGUUGUGGAAUGCUCACAAACGCAUGUUUGGAACAUUCUACAGGUAAAUAGGUUAAAUGGAAAGGCUCAGUCAUUCACAAGCAAGGAUGGGGCAAGAGGUUUUAGUUUUUAGAGAUUAAGUUUUAGAAAUUUUAGUUUUUCACAAACUUUUUCACUUUGUGAAAAACUGCAGGGGCAAAUAGUCCAAUAAUUUAAGAACAAUAUUUCUCAAUGUACAAUUGUUAGGAAUUUAGUGAUUUUGCUAUCAAUAAUCCAUACUAUCACCAAAAGAUUCAGAGAAUACAGAGAAAUCUCCGCACAUAAGGGGCAAGACCAAAAACAAACAUUAAAUGCCCGUCACUGUUGAUCCCUCAGGCAGCACUGCAUUAAAAACCGACAUAUUACUACAUGGGAACACUUGGGAAAAAAACGUUUUCAGUAAACACAGUUCAACCAUGUAAAGUGAAAGACAUAUAUCAACAACAUCCAGAAACACAGCCAAAUUCUCUGGGCCCGAGCUCAUCUGAGAUGGACUGAGGCAAAGUGGAAAAGUGUGCUGUGGUAUGGGGGUGUGUUAGUGCCCAUGGCAUAUGGCCCAUGUUAAGUUGCACAUCUAUGAAGGCACCAUUAAUGCUGAAAGGUCCAUACUGGUUUAGGAGCAACAUAUGCUGCCAUCCAGAUGAUGUUUUUUUUCAGGGACAUCCCUGCUUAUAUCAGCAAGAUAAUGCCAAGCCACAUUCGGUACGUGUUACACCAGCAUUACUUCAUGAUAAAAGAUUGCAGGUACUAAACUGACCUACCUGCCUCCCAUUGAAAAUGUGUGGCAUACUAAAAAAUUGAGAAGCCAUGGCCUAAAGGUUAGAGAAGCAGCUUUGGGACCAAAAGGUCACUGGUUCAAUUCCAUGGACCAACAGGAAUGGCUGAAGUGCCCUUGAGCAAGGCACCUAACCCCCAACCCCAUGGGUAUGUUGCAUGUUGCUCUGGAUAAGAGUGUCCGCUAAAUGCCUGUAAGGUAUGGUAAGGUCCUAUAAAGUGCAAAAUACAACAAUGGAGAUGCCAGGCUAUUGAGCAACUGAAGCCAUGUAUCAAGCAAGAAUGGGAAAUAAUUUCACUUUCUCAUCCCAUUCUCAUUAUCUCUAGCCGCUUUAUCCUUCUACAGGGUCGCAGGCAAGCUGGAGCCUAUCCCAGCUGACUACGGGCGAAAGGCAGGGUACACCCUGGACAAGUCGCCAGGUCAUCGCAGGGCUGACACAUAGACACAGACAACCAUUCACACUCACAUUCACACCUACGGUCAAUUUAGAGUCACCAGUUAACCUAACCUGCAUGUCUUUGGACUGUGGGGGAAACCGGAGCACCCAGAGGAAACCCACACAGACACGGGGAGAACAUGCAAAUUCCGCACAGAAAGGCCCUCGCCGGCCACAGGGCUCAAACCCGGACCUUCUUGCUGUGAGGCGACAGUGCUAACCACUACACCACCAUGCCGCCCUAAUUUCACUUUCAAAUCAACAAUUAGUAUCUUCAGUUCCCAUUGUUUACUGAGUUUUGUUAAAAGAACAGGUGAUGUAACACAGUGGUAAACAUGCCCAACUUUCUUGGAAUGUGUUGUAGGCAUCAAAUUCAGAAUGAGUGUAUAUUUACCAAAAAAAAAGCAAAAAAGAAUCAGUUUGAACAUGAAACAUCUUUAUAUUUGUAUUAUAUUCAAUUGAAUACAGAUCAAAAAGGAUUUGCAAAUCAUUGUAUUCACGGUUCACCCAGUGUCCCAAUUUUUUUGGAAUCCGGGUUAUAUGUAGUGGUACGGCAUUAAUUUGUUUAUUUAUGGUUACAGACUAGAAUGAAAGCUGGGCUUUCUUUAAAGAAUAUUUUAAAUAUAACCUUUUGAUUUGUAGUACAUAUAGAAAUUGCUUAUAGUCCUUUUCAUUUCAAAAGUACUUAUCUUUUUCAAAUGAAUGACUUUUUUUUUAAUAAAACAGACAUAUUAUAUGGUGUUUUCACUUGGAAGGGACCCACCUUAGUUGUCAGGACAUCAAAUUUUUGGAAAUAAAAAUAAAAUACUCAAAAUA